AUGGACCCAGAAGAUGCGCUUCUGAACAUGCAUGACAUGCCCGACCUGAUGGGCUACGACCACGUAUGCCAAUCAUUGCAAAGCGCCCAGAAAGAUCACCCCCGCGCUUUUUCCACAGCCGGCAAGCGGGCGUUCGAGAAGCUCAAAAGAACAGACUGCCGGCCUUCUUCACCCCGCUCGGGUCUUGUCGCCGCAUCCAAGAGAACGGUCCAAUCCUGCAAGACGGAACUAGACGGCCACAUCCAUACUCGGGGGAACAAGCAGGAGGUGAUUGGAAUUACAAGCACGUCGCAUAUUAAGAACCACUCGGAGGAGUGCAGAGCGGAACGCGACCCCGAGCUUCUGGCGGAUGUGCUCGCGGGCAUUAGCCUCGAGACGCCCGAGCAAACCUGGAACCACGACUCUAUACAUCUAGCUUCGGAUACGGGAAUGAGUUUAGAGCUCUUCCUUUUCUCCGCGCGGCUUCGGACGCACAACGUGAACGAGAGCAUCCGCGCGAAGCAGAAGCGGAGUCUCGAAAAAGUAGUUGCCGCGGGGAUCCGUCGCGGGGGGCCGGACGUCCGGAUCACGGAAGACCAGUACGGACGGUUCACGGUGGAAGCGAUCGCUGCAGGGCCGCGGGCAGCCGCAGGCGCGGGGCAAGACGCGGGGCAGGUCGACGUGGUGGCCCCCGUCAAGCCGCCCACGCACGCGCCACGUGGCAGCCACCCGGGAGGCAUCCAAGCGGGCGGUGCGUCUGAGAUGCCCGAAGCAGGUGAAGUCGACUGGGAGAAUCUCCCUCUGGGGCUUGGCGCGGCGCUCCGGCGGGGAACGGCGGUGCCCGGUGAUGACGCCCCGGGCAGCAGGACACGGCGGAUAGCGGACGGACGGGCGGUUGAGCGCGGAGCGGCGCUGCCCGAUGAUGAAGCCCUCGCACCCUGCGCAGACGACGGAGUAGCCCUCAGGCGAGCGGCCGCACGUGGCGACCACGCCCCCGGCCGAACGGUGCGCCACGUGGCAGACAGUGGUGAAGCGGCGCUGACCAGUGCCAAUGACGCCUCGAUGGACGGCCGGUCGGCACGUGGAGGGCCGCUGCCUGAUGAAGACGUCCUGGGCGCAGCCAGGCCAUCAACGGUCCUUGUUGAGGACUUUCGGCGCCGGCUGCAGCCCUUGGAGGACAACCAAAACACUCCGCUUGAAGGCCCUUUGAUCGACUCGCCGCAGCAAGUCCGUCGACGUCCUCGCACCGGGAGGAGCCCGUUCUCGCCAGCCAGCAGCCAAACCGUCGCCCCAAAAGACGACCAUGAAUUCGGAGGGGGCCUAGACUUUUCCCAGCCCAACGAAGUCCCGAAGGUGCCUGGCAGGGGGUCUCUGCACACUCUGGCAGGCACCGUGCACAGUGAAACGAGGGUAGAGCGCGGCGCGCUGAUGCCCGGUCGACAGGCAACCCCUUCCGGCUUCGCAGGCCACGUGGCAAACGGAACGACCUGGUUCGGGUGGGGUGCGGAGGAGCUGCUCGCCCUGGGUGCGGAUGCGGUCGGACACGCCGCAGUGAUCGUGCCCGGUGAAGAGGGCGCGGACUUCAUCGCGCAGAGCACCACGAGGUGGCCCGGUGGGCAGCUCCCGGGCGCGAACGCGAUCGAUCGGGACACGCCGGUGGUGCCCGAAGGACAGGCCCCGGGCGAAAGCACCAUCAGGUGCGAGGCUGUGGAGCUGCUCGGUGGACAGCUCCGUUUGGGCGGGGGCCAAAACUUGCGGGGCGCGGCGGGGGUGCGUGGUCGACCGUCGACCUUAGGCACAAUGGCAACUGGGCAGAACGCGCCGGAGGAGCUCCCGGGCGCGCACUCCACCGGGCGAAGCGCCGCGGGCGUGCUCGGUAGACAGCCCCCUGGCGCAGCCUUCGCUGAACCGGGCACGGUCGAGGGCGGUCGAUGCGGGGCGAGGGUGCCUGAUGGACUGGCCCCCAGCUCGGAGUCAGUGCGGGGCUCGGCGCGGAUUCCAUCAUUUUUGUCGAAGAGUUCCGGAGACGGCUGCAACCAUUGGAUGACUUGGAAGAAUCUGGGCAACAUGAAAACGUGGCACCGUCACCACAAGAUGGAUCCGCAAGGACAAGCCGCGUGGCGGGCUAACCGUAACCGAAAACAUCCGGAGCGCUCACCCAUGAAGUCAAAUAAACUCAGAACGGGGACUCGGAGUUCAGCUCGAGACGUUUCAGAUCCCGAUGAUGAGGGAGAAGGGGGUCUUGAGCGCCCGGACUUUGUGGGCGAGUUGAGCCCUCGCAUGGCGCAGAUCGGUCAGCUUCUCGGGGGCACGUGGCCACUGUUCGAGGAGCACGCGCAGAGCGAGAGUCACCUGGGAACCGGUUUGAGCGGUCAAUUGAUGAGCCGGGAGCGCGGAACGGGGACCCGGGGUCUGGUAAGUGUACGAAGAGGCCUAAAAGCCCCGCCACCUGAGCUUCGAAGGACAUCAGCGAGAGAAGCCGCAGCUGAUGGAACUCAAAGGACCAGCGGGCCACUUUGGCGGCCAAACGAACCACGGCGGCCGGGCAACGACAAUCUGGAAGCUGCGGAGGGCGCCCUUUCAUUGAGGAAGAGUCCUCUGGGAGGAUCGAGUACCGGCGACGCGCCGGCCGCAGCGAGUUCCGGAAACCCUUCGCACGGUCCCAAGGCUUCCGGCUCAAGCCUCCCGGAAGGUGCCACGUGGCAGCUCGGAGUGGCGGAGGAGGGUUUCGAUGCAGUAGUCGUGACAGCGCCUCUCGAUCAAGGCCCUGACAUAGACGUUGCUUCCAUUAUUGCCGCUUACAACUCUGGACGAGGGUAG